CCACAAAGCAUUCAACCCCGGAGCUUGGCAAUUUCAUGUCGAGCGCCGCCGCGGCGAUACACCGCGUCCUCCUCCAGGGCGUCAGCUCCAGCGAUCGCCUCCCACCCCUCACCGUAAAACUGCUCCACGGCAGCCUCCUCCGGCUCGACCUCCUCGCCGACCUCUCCCCGCUCCUCCUCCGCGCGCUCUCCUCCUCCGGCCUCCACGUCCACGCCCUCCGCCUACAUUCCCUCCUUCCCGUCCCCUCCCACCUGACCUUGCCAUGCGCCCUCAAGUCCGCCUCCCGCCUCCCCAACCCUCUCCCCGUCGGCGAGCAGCUCCACGCCCGCUCCCUCAAGCUCCCUUCCCACUCCAACCCCUACGUCCUCACCUCCCUCCUCAACCUCUACGCGAAAUGCGACCUCCUGGACCAUGCGCGGAGCGUGUUCGACGAAAUGCGCUGCCCCAACACGGUCUCCUGGACCGCGCUCAUCACCGCGUACAUGAACGCGGGGCGCGUCAGGGAGGCCGUCGCCGUCGCGAGGGACGCGUUCGCGAGCGGGAUGCGCCCGGACAGCUUCACGGCCGUGCGGGUCCUGACGGCAUGCGCCCGGGUCGCGGACUUGGGCACUGGGGAGGCGGUGUGGAGGGCGGCACAAGCAGAGGGGGUUGCGGGCAGCGUGUUUGUGGCAACUGCGGCGGUAGAUAUGUAUGUCAAGUGCGGCGAGAUGGCGAGGGCAAGGGAGGUGUUCGACAAGAUGCCGGAGAAGGAUGCUGUAGCUUGGGGUGCUAUGGUCGGGGGAUAUGCUUCCAACGGGCACCCCCAAGAGACUCUUGAGCUCUUCUUUGCAAUGCAGACUCAGGGAGUGAAGCCAGAUUGCUACACGGUGGUAGGGGCGCUCUCAGCUUGCACACGGCUGGGUGCACUUGAUAUGGGACGGCAGGCAGUCAGGACGAUGGACUGGGAUGAGUUUCUUGACAACCCAGUUCUAGGGACUGCGCUAAUUGAUAUGUAUGCCAAGUGUGGGAGCACAGGCGAGGCAUGGGUUGUGUUCCAGCAGAUGAGGAAGAGGGACAUUGUUGUUUGGAACGCGAUGAUCUUGGGGCUGGGCCUGACUGGGCAUGGUAAGGUUGGAUUUGCCCUUGUCGGCCAUAUGGAGAAGUCAGGCAUGAAACUGAAUGACAAUACUUUCAUCAGCAUUCUCUGCAACUGUACUCAUACCGGCCUUGUAAAAGAUGGACGGCGGUACUUCCAUAACAUGACUCAGUUAUACAACAUCACACCUAGGAUUGAGCACUAUGGUUGUAUGGUCGACCUGCUCAGUCGCGCUGGGUUGCUCCAGGAAGCCCAUCAGCUUAUUGAUGAUAUGCCAAUGCAGGCAAACGCUGUCGUGUGGGGAGCACUUCUUGGUGGCUGCAAGAUUCACCGAGACGCAGAGCUUGCAGAACAUGUCUUGAAGCAGCUCAUCCUGCUUGAGCCCCGGAAUUCAGGGAAUUAUGUCAUGCUCUCGAACAUAUACUCUAACAGCAACAGAUGGGAGGAUGCUGCAAAGCUUAGAUCGGACAUGAAGGUGAAAGGGGUUGAAAAGGUCCGUGCAUAUAGCUGGGUUGAGUUUAGUGGUAAGGUCCACGAGUUCCGUGUUGGAGACAAGUCGCAUCCCCACAUGGAUCAGAUUUACCAAAAGCUAGAUGAAUUAGGCAUGGAAAUGAAAACUAUGGGUUACAAACCAACUACAGAUGUGGUGAUGUUCGACGUUGAAGAUGAGGAGAAGGAGCACACUCUAGUUUAUCACAGCGAGAAACUUGCCAUUGCAUUUUGCCUUCUCACUACCCAACCAGGGGAGGUCAUUAGGGUCACCAAGAACCUUAGGGUAUGCACCGACUGUCACACUGCUAUCAAACUAAUAUCAAGGAUAACUCAUCGGGAGAUCAUUGUUCGGGAUAACAAUCGGUUUCAUUGUUUCAAAGAUGGUUGUUGCUCUUGUAAUGACUACUGGUAGAAAUAGAGAAGUGGUGUGUAGUUACAAUUUUGAGCAGGUUGGAGUCCCUUUGACUACUAAAUUUGAGCCAGCUAGAUAGGCAAUUUUCACUUGGAAAACAAGAGCUUUAGGACUCUUGUAUUCCACCAAAUGAGAAUAAGAAUAAGAGCAAGAAGGGGCUAUCUUUUUUUUUUU